AUGACGACAAGUUGCAACUCCAACAACCACUUCUCCCCCAACCUCAACUUCUCCCACGACUACAAGUGCAACUCCAACAACCACUUCUCCCCCAACCUCGACUUCUCCCACGACUACAAGUGUUACUCCAACAACCACUUCUCCCUCAACAACCUCAACUUCUCCCACGACUACAAGUCAACCUCGACUUCUCCCAUGACCACAAGUUGCAACUCCAACAACCACUUCUCCCCCAACCUCAACUUCUCCCACGACUACAAGUGCAACUCCAACAACCACUUCUCCCCCAACCUCGACUUCUCCCACGACUACAAGUGUUACUCCAACAACCACUUCUCCCUCAACAACCUCAACUUCUCCCACGACUACAAGUGUAACUCCAACAACCACUUCUCCCCCAACCUCAACUUCUCCCACGACUACAAGUGUUACUCCAUCAACCACUUCUUCCUCAACAACCUCAACCUCUCCCACGACUACAAGUGUAACUCCAACAACCACUCCUCCCCCUACUUCAACUUCUCCCACGACUUCAAGUGUUACUCCAACAACCACUUCUCCCUCAACAACCUCAACUUCUCCCACAACUACAAGUGUAACUCCAACAACCACUUCUCCCCCUACCUCAACUUCUCCCACGACUACAAUGUAACUCCAACAACUACUUCUCCUCCAACCUCGACUUCUCCCACGACUUCAAUUGCAAUUCCAACAACCACUUCUCCCCCAACCUCGACUUCUCCCUCGACUACAAGUGCAACUCCAACAACCACUUCUCCCCCAACCUCGACUUCUCCCACGCCUACAAGUGUUACUCCAACAACCACUUCUCCCUCAACAACCACAACUUCUCCCACGACUACAAGUGUAACACCAACAGCCACUUCUCCACCUACCUCAACUUCUCCCACGACUAUAAGUGUUACUCCAACAACUACUUCUCCCUCAACAACCUCAACUUCUCCCACGACUACAAGUAUAACUCCAACAACCACUUCUCCCCCUACCUCAACUUCUCCCACGACUACAAGUGUUACUCCAACAACCACUUCUCCCUCAACAACCUCAACUUCUCCCACGACCACAAGUGUAAAUCCAACUGCCACUUCUCCCCCUACCUCAACUUCUCCCACGAUUACAACUUCUCCUACGACUGCAAGUGUUACUCCAACAACCACUUCUCCGUCAACAACCUCAACUUCUCCAACGACUACAAGUGUAACUCCAACAACCACUUCUCCCCCUACCUCAACUUCUCCCACGACUACAAAUGUUACUCCAACAACCACGUCUCCCUCAACAACCUCGACUUCUCACACAACUACGAUGGAUGAAACUCCAACAACCACUUCUCCCUCAACAACCUCGACUUCUCACACAACUACGAUGGAUGAAACUCCAACAACCACUUCUCCUUCAACAACCUCGACUUCUCCCACGACUACAAUUGUAACUCCAACAACCAUCUCUCCCUCAACAACCUCGACUUCUCCCACAACUACAAGUAUAACUCCAACAACCACUUCUCCCUCAACAACCUCGAUUUCUCCGACAACUUCAAGUGUAAAUCCAACAACCAUCUCUCCCUCAACAACCUCGACUUCUCCCACAACUUCAACCUCAACUUCUCGCACGAUGAUUACGACUACAACUACGAACGAUGCAACUACAACAAUCACUUCUCUCACAACAGCUUCUACUUCUCCCACAACCGUCAACUUCUCGCACGACGACUACGACUACGACAGAUGGAACUACAACAAUCACUUCUCUCACAACAGCUUCUACUUCUCCCACAACGUCCACAGAGCCUCAAAAUGCAACUACAACAAUCACUUCUCUCACAACAGCUUCUACUUCUCCCACAACGUCAACAGCACCUCCAAAUACAAUAAUACCUACACCUUCCUCCACAAUGUUGUCCUCAAUGACUACAACAGAUGA